UGGUGUACAUAGAAACCGUUGCUAGGCUGGAGGAUGCCAUUUCCUAUGGGUCUCGCUGCAGGGGGCGCUCGACUCUAGGUGCUAGAAGGCUGCCUGGUUGGAAGGUGCCCAGAUUUUCGCUGGGCAUAAACUUAAUCAGCUGACUAAUUAGAAAACAGGGGGGACUGAAUGUGGAUGAGGAUGAUGGAGAAAAAAAGAAAUCCAACUAGUAGCAAAGGUUUUCCUAAUCAAAGACAUUGAAAACAAAUUUGUGAAAAAGUUGUAAAGUGAGCUAAUAGAGUAUUGUAUAACUUGUAUUUUGGAACUUGAGAAUUAAUAUUUAGUGGUCUUGAGAAUGUGUAUUUCACAAACAACAACAAAAAACAUGGUAAUUUUCAAGAAAGAUUCUCAGAGGAAUGUUGAAAGUGUUCAGAAUAAAAUUCCUCAUAUUAGCCAUGGCUUCCAAAGAUUAUCCAUCAUUGUGGGGUUUUGGGACAACGAAAACAUUUAAAAUCCCUGUUGAACAUUUGGAUUUCAAGUAUAUUGAAAAAUGUUCAGAUGUUAAACACUUGGAAAAAAUUCUUUGUGUGCUCAGGUCUGGAGAGGAAGGAUAUUAUCCUGAACUUACAGAAUUUUGUGAAAAUCGUCUUAAAGGAUUGGCUCCUCAAAGUCGAGCUUUAAGGAAAGAUAAACCUGCAGCAACAGCAUCCAGUUUUACAGCAGAAGAAUGGGAAAAAAUCGACGGUGAUAUAAAGAGUUGGGUAUCAGAAAUUACGAAAGAAGAAAAUAAAAUACAUGCUUAUGAAACCAAGACUUUCCCAGCUGAAGAUAACUUGCCUCCAGUACGUAGUUCCAACAGCCGACUUCACACUAGCAAGGAAAAAAAUUCUAAAAAUAGACCAGCUAAAAAGAAAAUUCCAAGGGAUUAUGCAGAGUGGGAUAAAUUUGAUGUGGAAAAGGAAUGUUCAAAAAUUGAUGAUGAUUACAAAGAAAAGACUGUGGUAAACAACAAGUCACAUUUGUCUAAAAUUGAGACAAGAAUAGAUAUAGCAGGCUUAACUGAGAAGGAAAUCGCUUCUCUUGCUGUUCGUGAAAAAGAAAAAGGAAAUGAAGCUUUCAAUUCAGGAGAUUUUGAAGAGGCUGUGAUGUAUUAUACAAGAAGCAUCUCAGUGCUUCCCACAGUAGUGGCUUACAACAAUCGUGCUCAAGCAGAACUCAAACUACAGAACUGGAACAGUGCUUUUCAAGAUUGUGAAAAGGUCUUGGAACUGGAACCUGGAAACUUAAAGGCUCUUCUGCGCCGUGCCACUACGUACAAACAUCAGAACAAACUCCAGGAAGCUUUAGAAGAUUUGCAUAAAGUACUGGAUUUUGAACCUGAUAAUGAGUUGGCCAAAAAAACCUUGUCAGAAGUUGAAAGAGAUCUAAAAAAUUCUAAACCUGCAUCUCAGACUAAAACCAAAGGGAAAAGGAUGGUUAUUCAGGAAGUAGAAAACUCUGAAGAUGAAGCUGGAAAGGACAGUGAAAGAAAACAUGACGAUGGCAGUGGAGACAAAAAGGCCGCGGAGCCGGCGGGAGCCGGGCGCGCCCCCGAGCCGCGCGCCAUGGGCAACAUCCAGAAGAAGCUGGCGGGCCGGAGCGAGGCGGGCCGGCGGCCCGAGCGGGGCGCGCCGCGGCGGGGCCGGGCUCCGGGCGCCGGCGCGGACCAGCAGCGCCGGCCGCGGGCUGCGGCGCCGGCGCGCGGGUCCGAGGGGCUCCCGGACGGCGGGCGGGGCCCCGAGGACCCCCCGGGGCCGACGCGUCGCCCUCCAGCCCCGCUGCUGAAGAGCCUGGGCAACGCGCUCUUUAAAAGCGGGCAGUUCUCCGAGGCGGCGCUCAAGUACUCGGCGGCGAUCGCGCAGCUGGAGCUGGCAGGAAGUGCAAGUGCGGAGGAGUUGAGUAUCUUGUAUUCCAACAGAGCAGCAUGUUGCCUGAAAGAAGGAAACUGCAGCGACUGUAUUAAGGAUUGUAACAGUGCUCUGGAUCUUCAUCCAUUUUCACUCAAACCUCUCCUGCGACGAGCAACGGCCUAUGAAACAUUAGAGCAAUAUCGGAAGGCUUAUGUGGAUUAUAAGAUAGUGUUGCAAAUAGACUAUGGAAUCCAGAUAGCAAAUGACAGUAUUAACAGAAUAACAAGAAUUUUAAUGGACUUGGAUGGACCAACCUGGCGGGAGAAACUGUCAGCCAUUCCUACUGUGCCCAGUUCUGUGCAAGUGCGAGGUUGGCAGCCUGCAGCAGAGAUGUCCCCAGACCAGGUGGGAGAUUCCUGCAGCCAUCACCAACCCAGUCUUGCAGAUGAAAAACGGUUUAAAACCCUUAAGGAAGAAGGAAAUCAAUGUGUAAAGGACAGAAACUAUAAAGGUGCCCUUAGUAAAUACAGUGAAUGCUUAAAGAUUAACAAUAAGGAAUGUGCCAUUUACACAAACAGAGCUCUCUGUUACUUGAAGCUGUGCCAGUUUGAAGAGGCAAAGCAGGACUGUGAUCAGGCCCUUCAGAUAGAUGACGGGAAUGUGAAAGCUUGCUAUAGGCGAGCUCUGGCUCACAAAGGACUCAAGAAUUACCAGAAAAGUUUAAACGAUCUCAAUAAAGUUCUCCUGCUAGACUCAAAUAUUGCUGAGGCAAAGAUGGAACUGAAAGAGGUAACCAGAUUCCUUAAUAUUGAUAACACAUCAUGCGGCAAAGAAAAGGAGAGAAGGAAAAUUGAGAUUCAAGAGGUGAAUGAAGACCACAAAGAGGAAUCUCAUAGAACCUUACAGGAGGUCUCCAAUGACUCUUUUGCUUGUGAGAAGGGGAACCCAAGCAAUGGGCCAAAUGAAUACUAUGAAAAACUACUGAUUGCUAAGCCUAACAAUGCUUAUGAAUUUGGUCAGGUUAUAAAUGCUAUCAGUAGUAGGAAAGAUAAAGAAGCCUGUGCACACCUUUUAACCGUCAUUGAACCAAAAGAUUUACCAGUGCUGUUGAGUAACAAGCUUGAAGGGGAUACAUUGCUCCUCCUCAUUCAGGCUCUGAAAAGUAAUCUUAUGGAUAAUGAUCCCUCAUUGGUGUAUGAGCAUCUUUUACAUCUAAGUAAAGCAGAGAGGUUUAAGAUGAUGUUGACACUACUUAGUAAGAGCCAAAAGGAGCAAAUUGAACAGCUAUUUGAUGACCUCUCAGAAUCACCAAACCAACAUUUUACUUUAGAAGAUGUACAGGCCUUAAGAAGCCAGUAUUAUUGCUAGAUUUCUUCCAUGCAUGUUCUUCAGCAAUAUGAUUCGACUGUGGAACUUCUGAACAUGAAGCAGUUUUGGUAAGAAGAGAAAUACUACACUGAUGUGGGGAGUUUUCCAGACGGUCGUUUUCUACCUCAGGAAGAAUGUUAACAGUAGCAAAGCGGGCAUGAUAAUCACUGGAACCAUGACUACAAGAAGUUUUCAUGCUUUCUAGGUCAGAACAACUAAAUUCAGAAAAAUGACUAGAGUGAGAAUCUGCCACGGACGGCAUACUGUCACUGAGGGAUGGAGCCUCAAAUUCACUGGAGUUCGUGCUUUGUUGUUCUAACAACUGUGCAUCCAUGUCCUCUCUGGUCUCAUUUAUCUUCAUGUUACUCUUUUUCCUCAAUUUACCACUUUUCGAUUUCUUUCCUGCUGUUGCUUCUUUGGACCACUUGGUGGCACUGGAUUUACCUUCAGGCAAGCCACUGGAUGAACCAACAGGAUGAUUUCGGGAGGCACUACCAUCCUCCACACUACUGCUUCCACUGUUGUGCCUGAAUUUGGAUGGCUUUGAUUCAAUAUCCACUUGCACCUCCAUACUGUUGCCAUCUCUAGAACAUAAGAGUAACAAAAAUAAAUUUCUGACUUCCUAUUUAUUUUGAUUCAGCCAACAUCAAGGGGAAGGGGGAUUCUAUGUGAAAAAUUCAAAGAUUUGCAUAAAAGGUACCAGAACAAUUAACAGAGGAUUCAUUCUACUUUAAAAACUAUUUAAAAUAAAAGAAUGGUAUUUAUAAUAAU